AUGCUUGACUACCCCCCGGCUGCACUCGACCCCGCUUCGGGCGCCGACCGCGUCAUGGUCGUCUCGGGUACACCCCCAGGACCAGUCGACCCCGGGCCCCAGGUCUCGAGGAGCGAGUCCUCGGACCACGACGCCCAGGCUUCCUCGAGGGGUGAGCCCCCUCCAGAGAUCGCGGCAUUUCAGGGACCUGUCCCGGAGUCCCCCGAGUCCGCGCCCAUGGACGCCCAAGUGGCAUUGGCCCGGUCGUUCGUUAUGGUAGCGAUGGCUGGGGACACUCUCGACGCGGAGCCCGCAGUCUAUUAUCAUCAAGGUUCCGACUUCGUGCUCUUAGACAUGCUCAAGAACCAACUGGCGUAUCUCCCCGAUCUCGGCGAUCUCGGCCCGAGGCCAUCGUCGAAGAUGCGAUCGUCGCCCGGGGAGUCGGACCCCGAAGAGGAAGAGAGGCUCCGGACCGUCCCCCGGAAACAUCGUAUGAUUUUCUUAGAAGAAAGGAAAGCACUGCCUCCGCCCGCCCGGGGAGUCGUGUGCGACUUGGACGUCGGGGCCGAAAAACCCAUUUCCAUGCGAUCCCGGCGGAUCCCCGCCGACUUAUUGUCCAAAGUGUACGAGUUGCUCAAGCGCCUCCUGGAAACGGGCCUGAUCGAAUAUUCCAACUCGGAAUGGGCAUCGGCCAUCGUUCUCGUGAUGAAGAAGAAUGGUACCGAUGUCCGCUUGUGUAUCGACUACCGGUUGGUGAACCAGCUCGUUAAGCUGAUGAACUACCCCCUAUCCCUAAUCGACGAGCUCAUGAGCAACUUCGCCACCACCAUGUGGUUCAUGACCCUGGACAUGGCGAGUGGGUUUUGGGCGGGCCCGGUGACGGCCCGAGCCCAGCUGAUCUCAGCAGUCAUUUGCCCGCUCGGACACUUCCAGUGGAAGCACAUGCCGUUCGGACUCAAGAAUGCCCCGUUAGUUUACCAACAGCUCCUGGACAACUGUCUCUGGGGUUUCGUCCGGCUACCCCCGGACGAGGAACGACUCGUCGGCCCAGAGGUGUUAGAGUUCCUGGGGAUUUCUCCCGAGGACCCGGUCGCCCAGGAAUCCCAGGGCACGGAGCCCCGGGGGGCGGUGGUCUCCAAGACUAGCACCGACACCGUGUUCCACCAGAACCGGGUCGCCCCGGAACAGAUGGGGCCUGUGCUGUCCCGGAGUUCGUACAUUGAUGACAUCAUCUACGGAGCUCUGUCCUGGGAUGACCUGUGCAAAACACUGAAUGCCCUCUUGUACCGGCUACGAGUGCAUUCGGGUCAAGAAGUGCAAGUACCUCGGGCACGACAUCAGCUCGGAUGGUUCUUCCUCGGGAGCCUUAACUACUACGCUAAGUUCAUCGAGGACCUACCCGUGCUCGCGGCCACUCUCUAUGAAAUAUCAGACGAGCAGCUCCGUUCUGGACGAGAUUUGGAGAAGCCUAGGCAUGCUUUCAAGAUACUCAAGGAUCGAUUAGUGUCGACACCACUACUCCAGCACCCUGACCCGGGGAGGCAGUACGUAAUCAUAUUGCACGCCAACCCCUGGGCAAUCAGUGCGGUUCUGGGGCAAGACUACGACGGCACCAUACUACCCGUGCGGUUCGUGGGACGGCCCCGGUCAGCCUGGAAACGCUCUCUAGCGACCACAUCGGACACCUGCUGA